CCCCCCCGCCCCUCCUCUAUCUCUCUCUAUAAAACACUUCGUAUUCUUCGCUCUUUUUCUAUUCUGUCUUCCGAAUCUCUGCAAUCCUCCGAUCGGAUCAUGGCCCACUCGGCGAUCAUUCAGGCUUCUGUAUCUAUUCCUGCCAGUAAUGAUGAAUUUCUAAGGAGGUCUGCAUUUAAGUCACACAAUCUAAGGUUUCAAGAUAAAUCAUGGACGUUCUUAUCCUUGGAUUUGAAAACCAAGAAUCUGCAAUCAAGAAGAAAUUACAGAGUAUGCAUGUCUGUACAACAAGCCAGCAGAUCUAAGAUUGCGGUUACACCUUUAGAACUUGAGAAGGCAAAAGAGCCUCCUCUCAACACAUACAAGCCCAAGGGACCUUAUACUGCGACAAUUGUUUCGGUUGAGAGGAUUGUAGGCCCGAAAGCUCCGGGUGAAACAUGCCAUAUUGUUAUUGAUCACGGUGGCAAUGUUCCCUAUUGGGAAGGACAGAGUUAUGGUGUAAUUCCUCCUGGUGAAAACCCAAAGAAGCCAGGGUCUCCGAACAAUGUCCGGCUUUAUUCAAUUGCAUCAACCAGAUAUGGAGACUCAUUUGAUGGAAAGACGGGCAGCUUAUGUGUGCGUCGUGCUGUUUAUUAUGACCCUGAGACUGGAAAAGAGGACCCCUCAAAGAAGGGCGUCUGCAGCAAUUUUCUCUGUGACUUGAAGCCAGGGGACAAAGUUCAAAUCACAGGCCCAUCCGGCAAGAUAAUGCUGUUGCCAGAAGAUGAUCCGAACGCAACCCACAUUAUGAUUGCAACCGGAACAGGAGUGGCCCCCUUCCGAGGCUACCUCCGCCGCAUGUUCAUGGAGUCCAUCCCCACAUUCAAAUUUGGCGGCCUUGCAUGGCUCUUCCUCGGGGUGGCAAACACCGACAGCCUCCUUUACGAUGACGAGUUCUCCAAAUACCUCCAGGACUACCCGGACAAUUUCAGAUACGACCGCGCCCUAAGCAGGGAGCAGAAGAACAGGAACGGCGGGAAGAUGUAUGUCCAAGACAAGAUCGAGGAGUACAGUGAUGAGAUCUUCAAGCUCUUGGACAGUGGAGCUCACAUCUACUUCUGCGGGUUGAAGGGAAUGAUGCCUGGUAUUCAGGAAACGCUGAAGAGAGUUGCGGAGGAGAGGGGGGAGAGCUGGGAUGAGAAGCUCUCACAGCUGAAGAAGAACAAGCAAUGGCAUGUUGAGGUCUAUUGAUGCUGGCUGGUGGUGGGCCCUGCCCAGCGGCCAGGUCGGGUAAUCUCUGUCUUUUCAUUUCUAAUGUGAUAUGGGUAUUGUUUAGCAACAACUGAUGAUUAAGAUAGAUAUAAUCUGUGCUCUAUAUAUCUCUCGAGUGUAGUUUUUGAAGCAAAGCGGAAAAGAUUGCAGAUUUAGUUCUAUUGAUUAUGAUUACAAACAGUUUGAUUAGUGAUUAAUGAUGAUAUCGAGAGGCAAUUAGCAGAA